CACUAAUUACCAAAAAAAGGUUUCAAAUUUUUAUUAUUACCUAAAAACAAUCAAAUCCUUUUUUUUUUAGAUAAUGGCAUCAUCAGUCGAAAAUUUGCCAAUAGAAUGUAAAAGAACUUUUAAUUCACAUCAAGGCCCCGUACAUAUUGCAAGAUAUAAUACAAGUGGGGAUUAUGUUCUAAGUGGUGGUCAAGAUAGAACUAUACGUUUAUGGAAUCCCGAAACUGGUUUAAACAUUAAAACUUAUACUGGACAUGGUAAAGAAGUUUUAGACUUAUCUGUAACUCAAGAUCAUUCUCGGUUCGCGUCCUGUGGUGGUGAUAGACAAGUUUAUUAUUGGGACGUUUCAACUGGAAGUACUAUUCGUCGUUUCGAAGGUCACAACCAGCGUAUAAAUGCUGUUGGUUUUAAUUGGGAGGGAACUGUUUUGGCAAGCGGCUCAUAUGAUACAACAAUACGAUUAUGGGAUUGCAGAUCAAAUUCUCGUGCUCCGAUUCAAAUUCUUGAAGAACCAAAGGAUAGUGUAACUUCAUUACAUAUGACUCAAUAUGAAAUUGUCUCUGGAAGUGCUGAUGGUUAUAUACGUACUCAUGAUAUUAGAAUGGGUGUUCUUAUAGCCGAUCUAAUUUCUCAUCCUGUAACGUCAGUUUGUAUUUCGGGAGAUAAUAAUUGUAUCCUUGCUAGUUCCCUUGAUAGCACAAUUCGAUUAAUGGAUAGAGAAAAUGGAGGUCUUUUAAAUGAUUUCAAAGGUCAUGAAAAUGUUUCAUACAAAAUUCAUUCCCGUUUAUCAAAUAAUGAUGCUUAUGUAAUAAGUGGCUCAGAAGAUGGAAAAAUAUAUAUUUGGGAUUUAUUAGAGGGUAAUUUAUUGACUUCACUCCAAGCGCAUUCCAAUGUCGUAACAUGUGUUUCAGUUCAUCCUAGACACAAUUAUAUGAUAUCUACUAGUGUAGAUGGAACUGUAAAAUUUUGGAAACCAGCAUCUACUUAAUU